GAACAGUAUCUAGUUAUUUCUGUAAGUGUGACUCAGGCUGGUCUGGAACCAACUGCACAGAAAACAUUAAUGAGUGUGUGAGCAACCCCUGUUUGAAUGGAGGCACCUGUAUCGAUGGCAUCAAUGGCUUCACUUGUGACUGCACAAGCUCCCUGGACUGGGUAUUACUGCCAGACACCCCCAGAGAGGGUUGUCGGACUGAUGAGGAAAAGUUUAAACAUCAUUACCCUUUGCCUGUUUUCAUCUCUGGGUACUGUUUUCACAUUGAUGAUCCCGAUGGAGAUUCUUCAGCAGCCUUCCCACUUGGGAAAUACUGUGGCUCCAAGCCUCCACAGGGCAUCCACAGCAGCGGCAAUGCUCUCUAUUUUCAUCUCUACUCUGAACACAUAAGGCUUGGGAGAGGCUUUGCAGCCAGGUGGGAGACAAAGCAGCCAGAGUGUGGCGGCACACUGACUGGUGAUUAUGGCUCUAUUACAUCUCCGGGAUAUCCUGGAAACUACCCUCCAGGAAGAGAUUGUGUCUGGCACAUUCUAGUCAGUCCUGGCUCCUUGAUAACAUUUACCUUUGGGACCUUGAGCCUGGAGAGCCACAAUGACUGCAGCAAAGAUUAUUUGGAGAUUCGAGAUGGUCCUUUCCAACAAGACCCCAUUCUUGGAAAAUUCUGCACUUCUCUGUCUACCCCACCGCUCCAGACUACAGGCCCUGCUGCCAGCAUUCAUUUCCAUUCUGAUGCUGACAUUACUGACAAAGGCUUCCACAUAACCUAUCUAACCACACCCUCGGAUCUGCACUGUGGUGGAAACUACACAAGCGCAGAGGGUGAGCUCCUCCUUCCUCUCCUGACUGGACCUUUCAGUCACAACAGACAGUGUGUCUACCUCAUCACACAGCCUGAAGGAGAGAAAAUAGAUAUCAGCUUCACCCACGUGGAGCUGGAGAGCCAAAUGGGCUGUACUCACACUUACAUCGAGGUUGGAGACCACAACAAUUUACUUGGAAAGGUCUGUGGCAAUGCAACCCUGCUACCCAUUAGAUCAAUAUCUAACAAAGUCUGGAUCAGGCUGAGAAUAGAUGCUUUAACCCAGAAGGCGAGUUUCAGAGCUGACUAUCAAGUUGCUUGUGGGGGUGAAUUAACAGGAGAAGGAGUCAUUCACUCACCUUUUCAUCCUAACGCAUAUCCUGGACAAAGAACCUGUAGGUGGACCAUCUCCCAACCCCCCAAACAGAUUGUUCUCCUCAACUUCACUGACUUCCAGAUUGGAACUUCUGCCCCCUGCGAUACUGAUUAUAUCGAGGUUGGUAGCAGUUCGGUCUUAGGAUCUCCUGGAAAUGAAAAGUUUUGUGGCACAAACAUACCAUCAUUUUAUACAUCUGUGUAUAAUGUUCUCUAUGUCACAUUUAUGAAAAGUUCUUCUGUGGAAAAUCGUGGCUUCAUGGCUAAGUACAGUACUGAGAAUUUAGAAUGUGGAGAAGUUCUUACAGCAGCAAUGGGAACCAUUGAAAGUCCUGGUUAUCCAAAUAUCUACCCAAGUGGUGUAAAUUGUACUUGGCGUAUAGUAGUCCAGCAAGGCCAACUGAUUCGUUUGACGUUUGAGUCAUUUUACCUGGAGUUUCAUUACAGCUGCAUAAAUGAUUACCUGGAAGUUUAUGACAUUGGUGCUCAGAUGUCUCUUGGGAGAUAUUGUGGAAAAUCCAUCCCACCUUCUCUUACCAGCAGUUCCCAUUCAAUAAAGCUGAUGUUUGUGUCCGACUCUGCUCUUUCACAUGAAGGAUUUUCCAUAAAGUAUGAAGCAUUUGAUGCAUCAUCAGUGUGCUUAAAAGAAUAUACAGAUGAUUCUGGGACACUCAUCUCCCCCAACUUCCCCCAUAAUUACCCCAAUAGCUUGGAUUGCAUCUACAGGAUCACAGUGGGAUUCAACCAACAGAUUGCAUUGAAUUUUACAAGCUUCGACUUGGAGAACAAAGUGGGGAAAUAUUGUAUUGAUUUUGUGGAAAUCAGAGAUGGAGGCUACGAAACUUCACCACUCCUUGGAAGUUACUGUGGCUCAGUUUUGCCUCCUCCAAUCAUCUCUCACAGUAACAAGCUAUGGCUAAAGUUUAAGACUGACAGCACAGACAACUACUCUGGUUUCUCUGCUUCCUGGGCUGGAUCAUCAACAGGCUGUGGAGGCAAACUCACCACCUCCACAGGGCUGUUCACAUCCCCCAACUACCCGAUGCCCUACUACCAUAGCUCUGAGUGCUACUGGCAGCUGGAAGCCAGCCAUGGCAGCCCUUUCCUGCUGGAAUUCCAAGACUUUCACCUGGAGCAUCACCCCAGCUGCUCCCUGGAUUACUUGGCUGUGUAUGAUGGCCCAAGUACCAGCUCCCAUCUGAUAAGUAAACUCUGUGGAGAUACCACACCAGCUCCCAUCCGUUCCAGUAGAGACAGCAUAAUGUUGAAACUGAGGACAGAUGAAGGCCAGCAAGGACGUGGCUUUGAAGUAAAAUACUCACAGACAUGUGACAAUGUAAUAAUAGUGAAUAAAACCUAUGGCAUCUUGGAGAGCAUAAAUUUUCCAAAGCCCUAUGACCUUAAUCAGCGUUGUAACUGGACCAUCCAAGCAACAACAGGAAACACUGUGAACUACACAUUUCUGGAAUUUGAUGUAGAAGAGGGUGUAAACUGCUCCCUGGAUUAUUUAGAGCUCUAUGAUGGACCACAAAAGAUAGGACGCUACUGUGGAGAAGAUAUCCCCCCAUCAGGGGCCACCACAGGCUCCAAGCUUCAUGUACUGUUCUAUACAGAUGGUCUUAUAUCACCUCAUGAAGGAUUUAAGAUGCAGUGGUUCAUUCAUGGCUGUGGUGGGGAGAUGUCUGGAGUCACGGGCUCCUUCAGCAGCCCUGGGUACCCUAACAGCUAUCCUCCUGACAAGGAAUGUAUCUGGAACAUUCGCGUGGCCCCAGGGAAUAUCAUUCAGCUCACCAUCCAUGAUUUUGAUGUGGAAUAUCACACAGACUGCAACUAUGACACCCUGGAGAUCUAUACAGGCCUUGAUUUUCACUCUCCAAGAAUAGCUCAGUUGUGUUCCCGAACAUCGUCAGCGAACCCCAUGCAGCUCUCCAGUACUGACAAUGAGCUAGCAAUCCGAUUUAAGACUGACAGCAAUUUAAAUGGGAGAGGUUUCAAUGCUUCAUGGAGAGCAGUCCCUGGAGGUUGUGGUGGGAUUUUCCAGGUACCCAGAGGGGAGAUUCACUCUCCAAAUUACCCCAAUGGCUACAGAGCUAAUACUGAAUGUUCUUGGGUCAUUCAAGUUGAAAAACAUCACCGUGUGUUCUUCAACAUCACUGAUUUUGACCUUGAAGCCGCAGAUUCCUGUAUCAUGAUGUAUGAUGGCUCAAGUUCCGUAAAUACCCGUGUUGCCAAUGUGUGUGGAAGACAGAAGCCACCAAAGUCCAUCACCUCCUCAGGAAACAGCCUCUUUGUGAGAUUCCAGUCUGGGUCUUCCAGACAGAGCAAGGGCUUCCGAGCUCAAUUCAGACAAGAAUGUGGAGGCUACAUCAUCACCGACUCUUCUGAAACUAUUUCCUCUCCAUUGUUUCCUGAUAAAUAUCCAAACAAUCAAAGCUGUACCUGGAUAAUUGAAGCUACACCUCCAUUCAAUCAUAUUACCCUCUCCUUUAGCCACUUUCAACUUCAAGACAGCACAGAUUGUACACUGGACUUUUUAGAAAUUUUGGAUGGCAAGGACUAUGACGCACCUGUCCAAGGCCGUUACUGUGGUGCCUCCCUGCCCCGUCCCAUCACAUCCUUUGGCAAUGCCCUUACAUUGAGGUUUGUCUCUGAUUCUUUCGCCAUGUUUCAGGGCUUCCAUGCCUUCUAUUCUGCAUCAACAUCAGCUUGCGGUGGAACCUUCAACAUAGCUGAUGGCAUCUUCAACAGCCCCGACUACCCAGCAGACUACCAUCCUAAUGUAGAAUGUGUCUGGAACAUUGUCAGCUCUCCUGGAAACCAGCUGCAGCUGUCCUUUCUAUCCUUCCAGUUGGAGAACUCUCCAAACUGUAACAAGGAUUUUGUGGAAAUCCGAGAGGGAAAUGCCACAGGCCGCUUGGUGGGAAGAUACUGUGGAAACUUCCUCCCUGGCAAUUACUCAUCCAUCAAGGGGCAUACUCUUUGGAUCAAAUUUGUCUCUGAUGGUUCAGGCAAUGGCAUGGGCUUCCAGGCCAGGUUCAAUCAGAUGUUUGGCAAUGAUAAUAUUGCAGAAAGUCAUGGGAAAAUCGCAUCUCCCUUAUGGCCUGGAAGUUACCCCCAUAACUCCAAUUAUGUAUGGACAGUAAAUGUAAAUGCAUCUCAAAUUAUCCAGGCUAGAAUCUUGGAGAUAGACAUGGAAUCAACAUCCAACUGCAAUUUUGACAAAUUAAAGAUUUAUGAUGGGCCUGACAUCCAUUCCCACCUGAUUGGCACUUACUGCAAUAAACAGUUGUUAGAAUCUAUUAGUUCCAGUAGAAACUCUAUGACAUUUCAGUUUUCUUCUGACUCCACCAUCUCAGGGAAGGGAUUCCUUCUGGAGUGGUUUGCAGUAGAUGUUUCUCCUGGACUUAUUCCUGCCAUUGCUACAGGUGCUUGUGGAGGCUAUAUGGUGACAGGAGAUACUCCUGUCUUUUUUUUCUCCCCGGGCUGGCCUGGGCAGUAUGAUAAUCGUCUUGACUGUAUAUGGAUCAUCUAUGCUCCUGAUUCUACUGUGGAACUCAACAUUAUCUCCAUGGACAUCGAAUCUCAGUCAACGUGUGACUAUGACAGGCUGAUCAUAAAAGACGGAGACAAUAACUUAUCCCCGCAGUUGGCUGUCCUGUGUGGCAGAGAUAUUCCCGGGCCCAUCCGGUCAACUGGAGAGUACAUGUACAUCCGCUUUACAUCAGACUCCAGCAUCACUAGCGCAGGCUUCAACGCCUCCUUUCACAAGAGCUGUGGUGGAUAUUUGCAUGCAGACAGAGGGAUUAUCACAUCCCCCAAGUACCCAGAUACCUACUUUCCCAAUCUCAACUGCUCCUGGCAUGUUCUGGUCCAGAGUGGUCUGACCAUCGCUGUUCAUUUUGAGCAACCUUUCCAGAUUCAAAAUAGAGACUCUUCUUGCAGCCAGGGGGAUUAUUUGAUGCUAAGAAAUGGACCAGAUAUCCAUUCUCCACCCUUGGGACCCUCUGGAGGAAAUGGUCGUUUCUGUGGAAUUUAUACUCCAUCAACUCUGUUCACCUCAGACAAUGAAAUGUUUGUUCAAUUCAUUUCUGAUAAUAGUAAUGGUGGGCAAGGAUUUAAGAUCAAAUAUGAAGCAAAGAGUUUAGCCUGUGGAGGCAACAUCUAUAUUCACGGUGCCGACUCGGAUGGAUAUGUGACCUCCCCGAACUACCCUGCUAAUUAUCCCCAAAAUGCUGAAUGCAUUUGGAUCUUAGAGGCUCCUUCUGGGAAAAGUAUACAGCUCCAGUUUGAAGAUCAAUUCAAUAUUGAAGAAACACCCAACUGUUCUUCGAGCUACCUUGAAUUGCGCGAUGGAGCUGACUCAAGUGCACGUGUGCUUUCCAAAUUGUGUGGGCACUCCUUGCCUAGUAGCUGGGUAUCGUCAAGAGAACUUAUGUACCUGAAAUUCCACACUGACAGUGGUUCCAGCUACAUGGGAUUCAAAGCCAAGUAUUCCAUAGCCCCAUGUGGAGGAACAGUCUCAGGGGAAAAUGGAGUGAUCGAGAGCAUUGGAUAUCCAACCCUUCCCUAUCCAAACAAUGUGUUUUGUGAGUGGCAUCUCCGGGGCAUCCCAGGACACUAUCUUACCAUCCAUUUUGAAGAUUUUAAUCUUCAGAGAUCCCCUGGUUGUGCAAAAGACUUCGUGGAGAUCUGGGAAAACCAUACCUUUGGAAAUAUUUUGGGCAGGUUUUGUGGAAACUCCAUUCCUGGCAGUAUUGACACUUCUAGCAAUGUCGCUUCAGUCAGGUUUGUCACAGAUGGCUCUGUCACUGCCUCGGGAUUUAGGCUGCAGUUUAAGUCCAGCAGAGAAGUGUGUGGUGGGAAUUUGCGUGGCACUACUGGAACAUUUACUUCUCCCCACUACCCAAACCCAAAUCUUCAUGCCUGGAUCUGCGAGUGGACAAUCACUGUACCAGAAAACAGGAGGGUUAUCCUAACCUUUACCAACUUGAGGCUGACCAACCAUCCAUCCUGUGACAAUGAGCACCUCAUAGUAUUCAAUGGCAUUAGAAGUAACUCACCACAGCUACAGAAACUGUGCAGCCGUGUUAAUGUAACCACUGAGUUCAGAUCUACUGGAAACACAAUGAAGGUCUUAUUUUUCACUGAUGGAUCCCGGCCGUAUGGAGGGUUCACUGCUUCCUAUACCUCCAUUGAAGACGCAGUGUGUGGUGGAUCUCUUCCAAGUGUCUCUGGUAGAAACUUCACUUCUCCUGGCUAUAAUGGAAUCCGUGAUUAUGCAAAGAACCUAGACUGUGAAUGGACUCUCAGUAACCCAAAUCGGGAAAAUUCAUCCAUUGUUAUCCAUUUUGUAACAUUUUCCCUUGAACGUCAUCAAGACUGUGCAUCUGAUGUCCUUGAGUUUCGAGUGGGUGAUGCUGAUGGACCCCUGAUAGAGAAGUUUUGCAGCUUUUCAGCACCAGCAGUACCCUUGGUUAUCCCCUACUCCCAGGUGUGGAUACACUUUGUCACCAACGACCGUGUAGAAUAUAUUGGAUUCAAUAUAGAAUACUCCUUUACAGAUUGUGGAGGGAUACAGACAGGCGAGAGUGGAGUGAUCUCAAGUCCUAAUUAUCCAAACAUUUAUGGUAGAUGGACUCAAUGUUCAUGGCUGUUGGAAGCCCCAGAAGGGCACAUCAUCACUCUCACAUUUAGUGACUUUCAUCUCGAGGAGGAACCAACUUGUUCUGCAGACUCAGUUACUGUCAGGAAUGGUGGCUACCCUGAAUCACCCAUCAUAGGACGGUAUUGUGGGUGGUCAGUCCCUGGGCCAGUACAAUCUGGUUCCAACAAGCUUGUAGUGACUUUUACCACAAACCAUCAAGGGCAAAGCCGUGGAUUUUAUGCUACAUGGAGCACAAGCACUUUAGGUUGUGGUGGAACAUUCCAUUCAGAUAAUGGGACAAUCAAAUCUCCUCAUUGGCCUCAGCCAUUCCCCAUGAACAGCAGAUGCUCCUGGACUGCCAUCACACAUGAGAGUAAACACUGGGAGAUUAGCUUUAACAGAAAUUUCCGGAUCCCCAGUAGUGACAGCCAGUGUGGGAACAGCUUUGUGAAGGUCUGGAGAGGAACCUUGAAGACCAAUGAUACCCUGUUAGCCACAAGUUGUGGGGAUGUGGCUCCAGAUCCCAUUGUCACAACAGGAAACAUAUUCACUGCUGUCUUCCAGUCUGAGGAGAUGCCAGGCCAGGGCUUCUCUGCAUCCUUCAUAAGCCGAUGUGGACGUAGGUUCAAUGGCUCCAACGGUGACAUCAUCUCUCCAAACUUCCCAAAGCCAUAUGACAACAAUAUGAACUGCACCUACUUCAUAGAUGUGGACUCUCAGUCUCUGGUCAUCCUGACCUUUGUGUCCUUCCAUUUGGAAGAUCGCUCGGCCAUUACUGGAAACUGUGAUCAUGAUGGCUUGCACAUCAUCAAAGGUCACAACCUGUCUUCCACUCCUCUUGCGACCAUAUGUGGUUCUGAAGUCUUAAGUCCUCUCACCGUGGAUGGCCCAGUGUUACUUAACUUCUAUUCUAAUGCAUAUACCACAGACUUUGGGUUCAAGAUUUCCUACAGAGUCACCAACUGUGGUGGAAUCUACAAUAAAUCUGCUGGGUUCUUUAGAGUCCUUGACUCAUCCACCAGCUACCCCACUAGCUACCCCAACAACAUCUACUGUGUCUACAGCAUCUAUGUAAGAAGCAACAGAGUGAUUCUGCUUAGGUUCAACAAUUUUGAAGUGGCUCCCUCCUUCUUUGCAAAUGACCACCUGGAGGUUUUCGAUGGUCCUAGCAUUGGAAAUCGGUCUUUGGGAAAGUUCUGUGGUUCCACGAUUCCACAGAAUAUUAAGAGCACCAAUAACAGCCUGACCCUGUUGUUCAAGACAGAUUCUUCUCAAACUGCAAGAGGUUGGGAAAUAUAUUUCUGGGAGACAUUAGGACCACAGAGUGGAUGCGGUGGAUACCUGACAGAUGACAACAAUACUUUUGUCUCUCCUGAUUCUGAUUCAAAUGGAUACUAUGACAAAGGUCUAAACUGCAUAGGCAUAACUGCACCUGAAAACAAACUCAUUAAUCUCACCUUCACGAAGUUUUCUCUGGAGUCACCAACAGCACAGGGAAGCUGCAACUAUGAUUAUGUGCAG